CCGUGGCGGGGCGGAGUCAUCCCCGGGGCUGGACGGGUGCCUGGCCGGGUCAGCCCUGGGCUCCUGGUCCCGCGCAUGGCUGUGUGGGUCUUUGGGGGCCGUUUUGGCCUGCGCGGGCAUCUUGGCGCCUGCAGGCUGCUGGGUCUCCGUUUUCAGAGCCGCGGUCCUCAGGGCGAGGACGACGGGGACGGGGGACAGUCAUCCUCGAAGGCACGCCGGCUCCCCAAGAUUUACACCAGGACGGGAGACAAAGGGUUUUCCAGCACCUUCACAGGAGAACGGAGACCUAAAGAUGACCGAGUAUUUGAGGCCGUGGGAACCACAGAUGAAUUAAGUUCGGCUAUUGGGUUUGCCAUGGAGUUGAUCACAGAAAAAGGCCACACAUUUGCCGAAGAGCUUCAGAAGAUCCAGUGCACACUGCAGGACGUCGGCUCCGCCCUGGCCACUCCGCGCUCCUCAGCCAGGGAGGCUCACCUAAAACACACGGCCUUCGAGGAAGGGACCAUCACGGAGCUGGAACAGUGGAUUGACAAGUACUCCAGCCAGCUCCCCCCGCUCACGGCUUUCAUCCUGCCCUCUGGAGGCAAGAGCAGCUCAGCCCUGCACUUCUGCCGGGCUGUGUGCCGCCGAGCUGAGCGACGUGUGGUGCCUCUUGUCCAGGCGGGAGAAACCGAUGCCAAUGUGGCCAAGUUUUUAAACAGACUCAGCGAUUACCUCUUCACCGUGGCCAGAUACGCAGCCAUGAAGGAGGGCAGCCAAGAAAAAAUCUACAAGAAGCGUGACGUGUGAGACACGGAGAAAUGGUGAGGGACCGUCCUUCACAGGCCCCUCAAGAGGCCAUGGUAAACUAGAACAGUCAUGUUGACAGACCGGAAGCGGGCCCGAGGUACAGACUGUCACCUCACACCCCUGCCUUCCCCCCGGGACCUCUGAGACUCCUGCUGCCUUUCUAGGCUGUGCUCGAACACAUGGGACUGAGUUCCAUACUGCAGGACGGCAACAUAGACUGAAGGCUAAGAAGAAGAGGGGCCACUCAGCAUUGGGAGUGAACGUGGGGAGGGUUUGAACCUUGCACUCGGGCUGUGUGUGUGUGUGUGUGUGUGUGUGUGUGUGUGUGUGUGUGUGCGCAAGACAUAAAGAUGCUGCUUCCAACUCGUCAGGCUGUUCAAGGAUUUGAAGGAGUGUACCAGAGGCCCCUGGAAAUGUAAUUGUGAUUUACCUGUGCCGACGGGGCUUUAAAUGUCACAUUUAUAGAGGGGCAGGCAGGCAGGCUUGAGGAGCUUAGUCACCUCUGAGCCGCCCAUCACUGCUGCCGCCAUGCAGGGGUGACAGCUGCAGGUCCGCAGGGUGCACGUGGCGAAUCCUGUCCCGGGGGGGCAGGAGGUGGGCGCCCCCCCCCCCCGCGGCGGCGGCAGUGGUGAGGAUGAGGUCCUGAGGCCAACCCUGGGCCCUCUGCGGUCGCCCUGGACUGGUUUAUGCUCCUGCGAGCCACACCACGGCUGUGUUUUAUUCCGCCUGUCACCGCUGCUGCCUCUCACUGAAAUGGCAUCACCAGUGGCAGCUGUGUCCUUGGGAAGAGGGAGGGAUGUUCAUGAAAGGCUGGAGGCGGAGAGCCUGAGGCUCCCACGCCUCGUGGUGGGGAGUGACUGAGGAAGCGCAGGUCCGGGACCCCUGAGGACUCGGCUCAGGGAUCUCUUCACUGCACCUGCUAGGUGCACCUUCCAUGCCAGGUGUGGGCGGACUGGCCCGCUGCGGCUCCCCUGUUGCUCAGUCAGCAAGCAUUUGCUUUCAGCUGCGUCCCCUCCCCACCUUCCUGCUGGCGUGACAGCCGGGCAGCCACGUGUGUAUCUUCUGAAUCCUUUAAAGGGCAGAUGCCCAGGAGGGAGGAGAACCCCCCAGAAGGAGGAGUACCCCCAGGAGGGAGGAGAACCCCCCAGGAGGAGGAGAACCCCCCAGGAGGAGGAGAACCCCCCAGGAGGAGGAGAACCCCCCAGGAGGCAGCCCUGUCCAGUGCCACUGCAGCCACCAUAGUGAGGCACCGGUUGGAUACGGAGUUGGUGCUGUGUGUGUAAGACCAGAAACAGGAGCGCACGCUCACGGUGCUUAAGCAUCAUGCCGAUCCGGGCCUGGCACGGGAAGCCUUGUUCCGAGAGCUUGCGGCAGCCCAGCCACCCUGCCUACAGCCACAGAUCCUCCUCAAAAAGACAGGAUGAACUCAAGAAAAUAGCAACCUACACCCAAGCCUAUGCCCUGACUGCCUUCCACACCUCGCCAGGGUUUGGGGUGGCGCUCACAGGGUAGAUGGCAGCGUUCAGGCUCCAGGCAUUGCCUAGCCUCGUGCACACCACCCACAAUCCUCACGGGGCAGUUCCCGCUGCACGCUAACACAGCUGCAGAACUGUUUCUUUAAAUUGUACCCAUUUAUCAUUGAUCUCUCUCUCCCCUCUUUGCGUAAUUCAACCCUUAGAAAUAUUGCAGGAAGGCUCCCUAUCUUUUUUAAAUUUUUGUAAAUAGCAGUUUUAUUGAGAUACAGUCCCACCUCCCAUAAAAUGCUUUUUAAAAUGGACAGUUCAGUGGAUUUUAGGAUAUUGCCCAGUUUCUGCCACCCCAUAACUCACCCCCAGGAAGAUGCCCCAUAGUUCAGGACAGGCUCAUUAGAACAGUACUCACCAUCGUUACCAGAGGUGAGUCCUCAGCAGUGGUGCCCGUCAGUGCUACAGAAAGGGCCCCAACCACGUGUUCACACUGGACCCCUAGCAUUGGGAGCGGGAGUUCACAUUUCUGCAGGAAAGGAAACUGAGGCUCAGAACUGGCCUGGGCCGUGGUCUCAUGACCCCCCCACCCCCACCCCCAAGCUUACCAGCACCCGACAGUCAUUUUAAUCACAGCCUGGGCUGUGGCAAGCAAUGUCAGGCACUAAUAGAUCUGCUGUCGCAUUUCUCAGCCGAGUUUCCCUUAACUGAUGUUUCAUGGCUAUUGUUAAUGUGCAUUUUUCACUGAGUAAUUUCCAGAGCCUGAACUUGUAGCACAUCCCAAUGAUGAACGUCCCCAGUUCCGAGUCCCCUGUCAACUGCAAUGUCACCCUUACCUCCUCCCCAGCACCUCCCGACAGCCCAUCCAGUUUUAUGAGCCCUCCGUCCCAGUGAUCACGGCUGAACCUUUAAGAAUCCAGACACAUUUCAAGUUUAAUUGAAUAAAAUUCUUUGUAUAAUAAAUUCCGCAUGAAUGCUACAUAAAUCAA